CAGAUGCGACGUCACCUAUGUGACCAACCAGCAGUUGGGUUUCGACUAUCUUCGCGACCAGAUGGCCAAGCUGCCGAGCGACUUGCGCCUUCGACAGCACACGGCCUUUCACUGUGCCAUUGUCGAUGAAGCCGACUCGGUGCUGAUUGAUGAGGGGCGCACGCCCUUAGUGGUGUCGGCGCAACAGGAGGUUCCAUCCACCAAGUACAGCACCGCCCUGGCACUGGCCUCCGACUUGGUACCUUCGACGGAUUACACGGUGCUGGAAAAGGAGAAGACCUGCACCCUGACGGAGCUUGGGGAAGAGAAGAUCAGCCAGAUUCUGGGGAUCCGGGACUUAUAUGAUCCUCAAGAUCCGUGGGCACCUUAUGUUGUGAAUGCCCUGACUGCCAAAGAGCUCUACGUCCGGGAACGUCAGUACCUCGUGCGCGAGGCGCAGGUCGUGGUGGUGGACGAGUUCACGGGGCGGCCGGUGGAGGGCCGCAGCUGGAGCGAUGGCCUGCAACAGGCCAUUGAGGCGAAAGAAGGUGUUCCAAUUUCGAAAGAGGCCAUCGUUUUGGCCUCCAUCAGUUACCAAUGCCUCUUCCGCUUAUACCAGAAACUGGCCGGAAUGACGGGGACCGCCUGGACCGAAAAGGAUGAGUUUGAGAGCAUCUACGAUUUGAAGGUGAGUCCCAUUCCCAGCAACAAGCCGUGCCAACGACGUGAUGAGGACGACGAAGUCUACACCAGCGAAGAGGGAAAAUGGUCCGCUGUGGUGCGCGCGGUGCGCGAAGCACACAGCCUUCAGCGCCCGGUGCUGGUCGGCACCACGAGCAUCGAAAAUUCGGAGCGUUUGGCAAGGCACUUGGAGGCAGAAGGUGUCCCGUACUACCUCCUGAACGCCAAGCCGGAGAACGCCUCCCGGGAGGCCGAAAUCAUUGCAGCGGGUGGGCGCUUAGGUGCUGUGACUAUCUCCACUAACAUGGCAGGCCGGGGGACAGACAUCGUGCUGGGAGGUGAUGCCAAAAGCAUGGCUAAACUACAUUUGCAGGCGGCAUUGGUUGAAGCCUUUGGUCGCAAGGAAGAGGUAUCCUUGGCCCUCUGCUUAGACCUUCCCGAAGAAAUUGAAGAAGAGAUGUCGCAGGCUGCCAGUGCUGUGGUGCAUAGCAAUCCCAGUGCUCAAUUGGAGGCGGUGAUGGCGGCGGUGUGUGACGGCAUCGAGGAUCCGCAAGCCCUGACCGUUGUGGCCUACCGAGAUUCCUUGCACGCCUUGCAGACAGUUUACAGCAAGGCCUGUCAGCAGCUGGGUCUCUCCUGUUCCGACGAAUCUCUCCGCGUGGCGCAGCUGGGCGGUCUGCAGGUUUUGGGCACCGAGCGCCACGAGUCGCAACGCAUCGAUCGGCAGCUGCGGGGCCGUGCGGGGCGCCAAGGUGAUCCAGGCAGUUCGCGGUUCUGCCUGAGUUUGGCGGACAAAGUCUUUCGCGUCUUUGGAGGCGACAGCAUCCGGACGCUCACUGCUGACAUGGGUGGCGCGGAUGGGGUGCCCAUCGUGUCGCCACUGUUGUCUGCAGCCUUGGACGAAGCACAAUCUCAGGUCCAAAGCUUUUUUUUCGGCAUCCGCAAAGAUGUCUUCGAGUACGACCAGGUGCUGGACCAGCAGCGGCAAGUGAUCUACGCGCUGCGGCGCAAGGCACUGCUGGACAGCGAUGCAGAGGUACUGAGGUCCCUGCAGAAGUUCUGUGAGGAGAGCAUGUCUGAAUUGGUUCAGCAGCUCUGUGGGGAAGCCGGUCCCGUCGCUUCGUGGCCUCUGAAGCGUUUGGCCACGAAACUCUCGGCCUGGUUCACUGGAUCCUGGUCGGUGACGGUGGAGGAGCUGCAGCACUGGGAAGGCCAAGGCGAAGCCGAAAAAAUGGAGGAAAUGACCCGCUGGAUUCAGCAGGGCGCUUUGGAUGCCAUGAAGCGAAAAGCCAGCCGCAUCGAUGAGGAUGCGCCGGAGCUCAGUAGCGCAGUGUAUCGGCAGGUGCUCUUGAUGCAGAUCGACAACUACUGGCGAAGACAUUUGAAAUUCAUGACGAAUCUAAGAAAUUACUCCAAGUUGAGGAGUUAUGGCCAGAGGGACCCCUUGGUGGAAUACAAACUUGAGGCCUACAAGACCUUUCAGGUGAUGAUUGGGAAGAUCCGGCGUGACACCAUCUACUACCUCUUCACAUUCCAGCCCCGGCCCCUCCGGCCUGUAGAAACCGAGGCAGGCCUCGGCGAAGGCGAAGGGGAGCUUGUCCAGGUGCCAUCAAACUUAGAUGAAAAGGUGCGUAGCUACUUGCGAGGCUUGCCGCGGCCAUUGGCCAAGGUCUCCGACAUCGCGAAGCUCUUAGAGCCCGACGGGCUGCGGAGUGACGACCAGCUGACGUGGCUCGGCUCCUGCGACGGAGUCAGCGUCUUGGAGGAUUCCUUCGCGCGCGCGAGGUAUGUGAGCCUUGACGCGGGUGUCUGAUGGUGAAUUCAACGG